CGAGUUCCCUGAUCGCGUGUGCGGACACCAUCUCAACGGAGUAUCGGAGUGAACGUUGUUGUGUGGUGGUGGACUCGGGGUAUUCAUUUACNCAUAUUGUGCCGUAUUGUGAGGGGGUGGCCGUCAGGAACGCUAUUAUGAGGAUCGAUAUCGGCGGCAAGGUGCUGACGAAUUUGCUCAAGGAGUGGCUAUCGUAUCGACAGCUGAACGUUUUGGAAGAGACGUACGUGAUUAAUGAGUGUAAAGAGGAUGCGUGCUUUGUGGCCGAGAAUUUUAGUCGAGCGAUUGCUUUGGCUAGGUUUGGUCUUAUCAGCUUCUUAUCAGUUCUUAUCAGUGGGAUGUAUUAUCACUUUAGCAGUGGGAUGUCUUAUCAUCUUAUCAGUGUAGUGUCUUAUCACCUUAUCAGUUCAUUAUCAGCGAGUUAUCUUAUUACCUUAUCAGUUCCUCAUCAGUGA